GCCACAGUCUCGGCUCCUGCCCUGCUCCUCCUCCGCUCAGAGUGCGGCUGUCCCGGCUCCAGCUCUUCUCUCUGAGCACUUCUCCUGCUGCAGCUGAAGACCUACCUGCCUGAAGCAUGCUGACCCGUCUGUUCCACGCCCACGGCCUCCUGGUGGCCUCUCAUCCCUGGGAGGUGAUUGUGGGCACCGUCACCCUCACCAUUUGCAUGAUGUCCAUGAACAUGUUCACUGGCAACGACCAGAUCUGUGGCUGGAACUUCGACUGCCCCAAAACAGAUGAGCAAAUCCUCAGCAGUGACAUCAUCAUCUUGACCAUCACUCGGUGCAUUGCCAUCAUCUACAUUUACUUCCAGUUCCAGAACUUGAGGCAGCUGGGAUCCAAGUAUAUCCUGGGCAUUGCUGGACUCUUCACCAUCUUCUCCAGCUUUGUGUUCAGCACCGUGGUCAUACACUUCCUGGACAAGGAGCUGACUGGCCUCAAUGAGGCUUUGCCCUUCUUCCUGCUCCUCAUUGACCUCUCCAAAGCAUGUGCCCUCGCCAAGUUUGCCCUGAGCUCCAGUUCACAGGAGGAGGUGAGGGACAAUAUAGCCCGCGGCAUGGCUGUGCUGGGGCCCACAUUCACUCUGGAUGCCCUGGUUGAGUGCUUGGUCAUAGGAGUUGGGACUAUGUCAGGAGUGCGUCAGCUUGAGAUCAUGUGUGGCUUUGGGUGCAUGUCGGUGCUGGCCAACUACUUUGUGUUCAUGACCUUCUUCCCAGCCUGCGUGUCCCUGGUGUUGGAGCUGUCACGGGAGAGUCAAGAAGGCCACCCCAUCUGGCAGCUCCACCACUUCUCCAAAGCUCUAGAGGAGGAGGACAACAAGCCUAACCCCGUGACUCAGAGGGUCAAGAUGAUCAUGUCUCUAGGCCUGGUCAUGGUGCACGCCCACAGCCGCUGGAUUGCUGAGCCUCAGUCGGUGAACAACACGGCCGGACUGCCCCGCGUGGCCAUGGAGCUGAGCCACUUAUCCCCCCGCAGGAUUGACCCCGAGAUGCCCCUCUGGCAUUUUUACCUUACAAGGAUGGUGACCAUGGAUAUCGAGCAGGUCAUCUGCCUGGCCCUGGCUCUGCUUCUAGCCAUUAAGUACAUCUUCUUUGAGAAGGUGGAGACUGAGUCCACUCUGUCCAUCAAGAGCCCCCUGUCUACAAGCACAACAGCACGCAGGGCAACUACAGACAGCUGUUGCAGGAAGGUCCCGCCCAUCACUGGCCUGGUUACUACGGCUCCAGCCUCAACCCAGGAAAGUGUCACAAAGGAUGAAGUGAUCCGCCCUCUUCCCACUGUGCCAGCCCCCUGUCCUCCCUCUGUGCCUGAGCCCACCCCUCCCUCUGUGCCCAUCUUCAUCAUGGGUGAGGAAGAGGAGGAGGAGGGGGUGAAGGUGGUGUCGCGCCCCUCUGCAGAGCCCCGCAGCACGGCCGAGUGUCUGUCCAUCCUCCAUGACCCUCAGCUUGGACCGGGCUUUCUCAGUGAUGCAGAGGUGAUGCUCCUGGUCAGCUCCAAACACAUCCCGGCCUACAAGCUGGAGAUGGCCCUAGAGCGGCCUGAGAGAGGUGUAUCCAUCCGCCGACAGAUGAUCUCCUCCAAACUGGCCUGUCCCAGUGCCCUGUCUUCCCUGCCCUAUGCCCACUACGACUACUCCAAGGUGAUGGGCACCUGUUGUGAGAAUGUGAUUGGCUACAUGCCUGUGCCGGUGGGCGUUGCCGGGCCUCUGCACUUGGACGGGAAGCAGUUCCAGGUCCCUCUGGCUACCACUGAGGGCUGCCUGGUGGCCAGCACCAACCGAGGCUGCCGGGCCAUUGCAUUGUCUGGUGGGGCUCGCAGCUGUAUCUUGGGGGACAGUAUGACCCGGGGGCCACUGGUCAGGCUACCUUCGGCCUGUCAAGCUGCAGAGGUCAAAGCGUGGCUGGAGUCAACCGACGGCUUUCAGGUGGUCAAGGAGGCAUUUGACAGCAGCAGCAGAUUUGCUCGGCUACAAAAGCUGCUGGUGGCCUUAGCUGGGAGGAAUCUCUACAUCCGCUUCCAUUCACAGACUGGAGACGCCAUGGGCAUGAACAUGAUCUCAAAGGGCACGGAGCAGGCUCUGAGCCAGCUGCAGCAGCACUUUCCUGACCUGCAGGUGGUGGCACUUAGUGGAAACUUCUGCACCGAUAAGAAACCGGCCGCGGUUAACUGGAUCGAGGGGCGGGGCAAGUCUGCUGUGUGUGAGGCCACCAUCCCAGCACGUGUGGUGCGAGAGGUCUUGAAGACCAGCACUCAGGCUCUGGUGGAGGUCAACAUCAACAAGAACCUGGUGGGCUCAGCCAUGGCCGGCAGCAUUGGGGGCUUCAACGCACAUGCAGCCAACCUUGUCACAGCUAUCUACAUUGCCUGUGGACAGGAUCCUGCUCAGUCUGUGGGCAGCAGCAACUGCAUCACUCUGAUGGAGGCCUCGGGGCCCUCAGGGGACGACCUGUACAUCAGCUGCACCAUGCCCUCCAUAGAACUGGGAACUGUGGGUGGAGGCACCAAUCUGCCACCCCAGCAGGCCUGUCUGCAGAUGCUGGGUGUGCAGGGCCCCUGCUCAGACUGUCCCGGGGAGAAUGCUCGACAACUGGCCCGCCUAGUGUGUGCCACGGUGCUGGCAGGAGAGCUGUCUCUGAUGUCUGCUUUGGCAGCAGGGCAUCUGGUCAAAAGUCACAUGACACACAACAGAUCUAAGGUGGACCUCCAGAGCCCUGGCACCUGCACUCAGAACAGCUCCUGAGAGGUGACAUGAUAGGCCUGUCCCCAUGUCCAACGAACAGAGGGGACAUGCCCACUGAGGGGACAGGAUGAGACAGUUGGAUGGUACACAAGCAUUUGUCCUGUGUCACAUGUGCGCUGACAACAUCCUGUCUGGAAUGUGUACAGCUGAACGCAGCCAGAGGACCACCACUCAAGCCCCUUCCUCACCUCGGGACGUCCAGCUGCAAGGCAAACAAUAAAAGUGAUUUUGAACUAUGUUGUGAACAAAACAGUUUUAAUUUCCUCUAGGGCUUAAUAACACAAAUAAUAAGAGGUACACAGAAAUCAGGGAGGCACGUUUUUGUACAAGAUUUUUUCAUUUUGUUGCUGUGAUAAAGUCUUUAAUCCAAAGUCAACAGUCAGUGCACAUAUGCUGCGUG